AUGGUUGGAAAGAGAAACCUUCCGGUCAUCAGCAGAAACUUCGACCUUUCGCCAGGAGUUCUCCGCUUCUCGGCCUCCCGACUUCGCCUGAAGAAGGGUGAGAAGAAGCCAAAGUUCACUGUCACCAAGAACGCCAAGCUCCCACGCCUCCAGAGAGACGGAACCAAGUUCGCUCUCGGACACGCCAAGACUGUUCCACUCCGCAAGGCCCUCACUCCAGGAACUGUCCUCAUCGUUCUUGCUGGACGUCAUAAGGGAAAGCGUGUUGUCUUCCUGAAGCAACUCCCACAAUCCGGACUUCUCCUCGUCACCGGACCACACAAGAUCAACGGAUUCCCACUCCGCAGAAUCGGACAAUCCUUCGUGAUCGCCACUUCUCUCAAGGUUAACGUCUCCGGAGUUAAGAUCCCAGACCAUAUCAAUGACGAGUACUUCAAGAGAAAGUCCACUUCCCAGAAGACCGGAAAGAACAUCUUCGCCUCCGGAAAGGCCGAAUACACCGUUUCCGAGCAGAGAAAGAAGGACAUCAAGACCGUCGAUGCCCCAAUCCUCGCUGCCAUCAAGAAACACCCAGAGCACAAGUUCCUCUUCGGAUACCUUGGAACGAGAUUCUCCCUCGGAAAGAACCAGUAUCCACACAAGAUGCAGUUCUAA